GUCCAGAAGGACCAAAUGCCCAACAGCAGCUCCAUCACCCAGUUCCUCCUCCUGGAGUUUGCAGACACGCGGGAGCUGCAGCUCUUGCACUUCUGGCUCUUCCUGGGCAUCUACCUGGCUGCCCUCCUGGGCAACGGCCUCAUCAUCAUCGCUGUAGCCUGCGACCGGCACCUCCACACCCCCAUGUACUUCUUCCUCCUCAACCUCUCCCUCCUCGACCUGGGCUCCAUCUCCACCACUGUCCCCAAAUCCAUGGCCAACUCCCUCUGGGACACCAGGGAUAUUUCCUACUAUGGAUGUGCUGCCCAGGUCUCUACGUUUGUCUUGUUUGUCACAGGAGAGUUUUAUCUCCUCACUGUCAUGGCCUAUGACCGCUACGUUGCCAUCUGCAAACCCCUGCACUACGGGACCCUCCUGGGCAGCAGAGCUUGUGCCAACAUGGCAGCAGCCGCCUGGGGUGGUGGUUUCCUCAGUGCUGUGGGGCACACUGCCAAUACAUUUUCACUGCCACUCUGCCAAGGCAAUACCAUAGACCAGUUCUUCUGUGAACUUCCCCAGAUCCUCAAGCUCUCCUGCUCAGACUCCUACCUCAGGGAAGUUGGGCUUCUUGUGUUUUGUCUUUGUUCAGGUAUUGGGUGUUUUGUUUUCAUUGUGCUGUCCUACGUGCAGAUCUUCAGGGCUGUGCUGAGGAUCCCCUCUGAGCAGGGACGCCACAAAGCCUUUUCCACAUGCCUGCCUCACCUGGCCGUGGUCUCCCUGUUUCUCAGCACUGUCCUGUUUGCCUACCUGAAGCCCACUUCCACCUCUUCACCAUCUUUGAAUCUGGUCAUGGCAGUUCUGUACUCGGUGGUGCCCCCAGCAUUGAACCCCCUCAUCUACAGCAUGAGGAACCAGGAGAUCAAGGAUGCCAUUAGGAAAACUAUUUUAUGGACAUUUUUCUGUAGUCAUAAAGUUCCCAUCACUCUCCACAAAUGA